AUGGCACAGGGCAGGCACCUCGGAGGUCGGUCCUUGGCGGACAAGGUCCUGAUGCGGAAAGUGGGCAUCCAGCUCCUGGUCUGUGCCUGUGUCUACAUGGCAGCUGCUCUCCCAGAGGGAGGAGGACGAGGAGGAGGAGAAGGAAGAGGAGGGGACAGCCCUUUACAGGAAUGUCAGCUGCCAGUCCUACAACCUGACCACAGCCUGUCAGUCACUGUCCCAGAGCUGGAGCUUGGUACUGUCACUUGCCUCAAUAACAACAUCCUCCGGAUCGACUGUUACUGGUCAGCCCCAGGCUUGAGCGUGGGUGGCGAUGCCUGGCUCCUUCUCAUCAGUGAGCAUGCUGCAGGCAGCAAACACAAAUGCAUCUUUCGGGCUGGCAACUGCUCUGUGGAGCUACCACCUCAGGAGGUCCUCGUGCCCUCGGACAGUUUCACCAUUAUGUUGCACCGCUGUGUUGCUGGGCAGGAGCAGGUCAGCUUGGUAGACCCUCAGUAUCUGCCCCGAAGACAUGUCAAGCUGGAUCCUCCCUUGGACUUGCAGAGCAACGUCAGCUCUGACUACUGCAUCCUGACCUGGAGUGUGAGCGCUGCUCUGGAGCCCAUGACCUGGCUCUUUGCCUAUCAGCUGGCCUUCAAGAGGGAGCAGCAGGCCUGGGAGCAGGCCCACCACAAGGACCACAUUGUUGGAGUGACCCGGCUUGUCCUGGAAGCCGUGGAGUUGGACCCUGAUUCUGCAUAUGAGGCCAGGCUGCGUGUGCAGAUGGUGCAAGAGGACGACAUGGAUGAGGAGGAACGUUAUGAGGGCCCGUGGAGUGAGUGGAGCCCGUCCGUGCGAUUCCUGGCUCCCCAGAGACAAGGUUCCCGGAGCCCACCCUGGGAGAGGCCAGAUGGUGCCCUCAUUGCUGUGUCUAUCUUCCUCCUGAUGACCAGCCUGACCUACUUCCUGUUCAAGCUGUCACCCAGGGUGAAGAGAACCUUCCACCAGGAUGUGCCCUCUCCCGCUGCCUUCUUCCAGCCCCUGUACACGGUGCACCAUGGGAACUUCCAGACCUGGACGGGGACUCAGCGAGUGGGUCAGGCGGCCGAACCAGGAGGCUCAGCCAGCAACCACGAGGUGGUGGCGCCAUUGACCUGCACCCCAGGGGAGAGGCUAGGAGGUGUGAACGAGGUGGAUCUCUUUGGGCACUUGGGAACAGUGAGGAACCCCUUCUACACCUCCUUAUCCUUGCCCUUCCCUGACCUUGUGAAGCUGAGAGCUGUGUUCAAGAAGACCCAGGUCCAGCAGAAGGCCAGGGGCACAUGGUCCCUGGCACCAGAAGCGCUAUUG